AUGUCAUUCUCGAACCUAGUGUCCGAUCUCGCCUUGAGAGAUAACUACGACGACCGGAACUCUCAAGUCUCCAACGCACGUUCCAGGGCCACUGCUCGUUCGUAUACAAGCACUGCUGCCACCAGUGUUAGCAUAUCUGGGGAUAUCUCUAGUCAGCUUCACUCAGGUUAUAGUCAUCCGCUCAGCAGGUCAUGGCAAGCUGAGAGGCAACUGACCAAGGAUAUGCUGAUUUACCCUCUUUUCAUCACUGACAAUCCGGAUGAAGAGACGGCUAUCCCAUCGUUACCAAACCAACAUCGCCGCGGUUUGAACCGUAUAGUUCCUUUUCUGAGACCCCUUGUUCAGAAGGGACUACGGUCCGUCAUUUUGUUUGGUGUUCCCUUGCAUCCUUCUGCGAAGGAUCCGCUCGGAACCUCUGCGGACGACCCUGCUGGUCCUGUUAUUCAAGCAAUUCGCCUAAUUCGAUCGCGCUUCCCCGAAAUAUACAUUGUGGCUGACGUUUGCAUCUGCGAAUAUACAUCCCACGGCCAUUGCGGAAUACUACGGGAGGAUGGAACACUCGAUAACACACAGUCUGUGGACCGGAUUUCGGACGUUGCUUUGGCCUACGCCGCUGCCGGAGCCCACUGUGUGGCACCAUCCGAUAUGAACGAUGGCAGAAUUCGCGCCAUCAAGUUGAAACUGAUUGAGGCUGGCUUGGCACAUCGGGUGCUUCUUAUGUCCUACAGUGCAAAGUUUAGUGGUUGUCUCUAUGGACCUUUUCGGGAUGCAGCUGGAUCAUGUCCCUCUUUUGGGGACCGCAGGUGCUAUCAACUUCCUCCUGGUGGCCGUGGACUCGCACGCAGAGCCAUACAGAGAGAUAUUGGCGAAGGUGCUGACAUCAUAAUGGUGAAGCCAGCAAGCAGCUACCUCGAUAUUAUACGAGAUGCGAAAGAGCUUGCGCAAGAUCUUCCUGUCGCCGCUUACCAGGUCAGUGGCGAGUACGCCAUGAUACAUGCUGGAGCCAAAGCUGGAGUAUUUGAUCUGAAGUCUAUGGCUUUCGAGAGUACAGAAGGGAUUCUAAGGGCCGGUGCGGGCAUUGUAAUAAGCUACUUUGUGCCUGAAUUCUUGGACUGGCUCUAG